AUGAGUUUCCCUUCUUGCAGGAGGUAUUCUCUCCCCUUGAAUCCCACAAGGUCGAGUAUGAAUACCAAGCUCUGCUGUAUUCUUAUUCCUUUCUAA